AUGAAUGAUGAUAAUGAUAACUGUUUGGGUUACACGAAAAUGGAAGCUUCUUCUGCAUUCUGCUACGGUGUAUUUCACCCAUCUUUCUCAGUGAUGCCUCUCAAAUCUGACGGUUCCCGUUGCAUCAUGAAACCCCUCUCUACAUCACACAAUCAAGUCAUGGUACCAAAUUCCUCUCCAAGACUGGAGGAUUUCUUGGGUGGUGCAACUCAUCCAUAUGGAAGCCAUGAAACAGAAGCCAGGGUUCUCAGUUUAGACAGCAUGUUUCAUAAUCAAGAACCCUUUAAGGAACAAAUAGGAGAAGAAAUUAAUCAAGUUCAACAGUAUUAUUCUGCACAAGGGAUUCAGUAUCAUGGUACGUACGAGGCAACAGAUGAACAGCAAUCACACAAGGAAACUCAGCUUGUUAACUAUAAAACUCUAGUUCCUCCAAUGUAUGAGUCUGAGAGUGAAAUGCCAUGUUUGAAAACCUGGGCUGCACUUGAACAACAGGUGAAUCCGAGCAUGGUUGGUGUUGAUGUGGAGUCAUUGAGCUUGUCAAUGAGUCCUGCUUCUCAGUCAAGCUGUGUAACUGCUUCAAGACAAAUUUCACCCACUGAGACUCAAGUUUUGGGCAUGGAAAACAGGAAAAGAGUAGCUGAGAAAGCGGCAUCAAAACCAAAACUUCAGAGGAAAGCCGUUGAUAGUUUUGGUCAGAGAACAUCACAAUAUAGAGGUGUAACCAGACAUCGGUGGACAGGUAGAUAUGAAGCACAUUUAUGGGAUAAUAGCUGCAAGAAGGAAGGCCAGACUAGGAAAGGAAGGCAAGUUUAUCUUGGAGGUUAUGAUAUAGAAGAAAAAGCCGCAAGAGCAUAUGAUCUUGCUGCACUAAAGUACUGGGGACCUUCAACACAUAUCAACUUUCCGUUGGAAAACUACGAGAACGAAGUUUUACAUAUGGAAAACAUGAGCAGACAGGAAUUUGUCGCACAUUUGAGAAGGAGAAGUAGUGGAUUUUCAAGGGGUAUUUCAAUGUAUAGAGGAGUAACAAGGCAUCAUCAGCAUGGAAGAUGGCAGGCUAGGAUUGGCCGCGUUGCAGGGAACAAAGACCUCUAUCUUGGAACUUUUGAAGCUUAUGAUAUUGCUGCAAUCAAGUUCCGGGGCGUAAAUGCUGUCACCAAUUUUGAUAUAUCGAGAUACAAUGUGGAAAAAAUCAUGGCAACUGAUACUCUUCCUACUAGAGAAUCAGCACGGCAAAACAAGGAGAUGGAUCCUUACAAAACAGUAGGUCCGGAAGACGAGGAAUGUCGUCUGGUUGAGAAUGUCGGAAAUGUUACUAAUCGGAAAAUGGUGCAAAAUGCUUCUAUCGAAUCACUUGGCGAGAAAACUAUGAAUUGUCAAAGUUCGUCUUUCUCAGGGGCUCUGCAAGAUCUGAUUGGUAUUGAAUCAACCAAUCCCCGGAGACAAAACUCUACGCGUCCAUUGUCUUUAGUUACUGGUUCGAAGGAAACAAGCCUGGAUAAAACAGGAGAGUCUGUUUUCUUUGCUAGGCCUACCUUGACAACUAACUACACCAACCCCUCAACCAAUGUCAAUUCUUGGAUCCCCAUGGCUAACUUGCCGGUUUUUGCUUCUUGGAAUGAUAUCUGA